AUGGAGGGCAGCGGAUCCGAGUCCUUCACCUCCAGAUCCGUCAACCCGAAGCUCAUUCCAUAUGCCCCCGAGGAGGAGAUGACCGUCCGGCUUGCGCUUCGUCGCUAUCGGGAGGAGGCCCGUGCGAGACAGUGGUCGGACUCCUUCCGUCGGGAAUCCAUUGCGUUCGACCAAAUGGCGCUAGGUAUGUCGUGGCUGCCUCAACGGAGGCGCUGGCCGGCUGGGCUCGGCUGCGGUGGCUUUGGCGAGCGGUGUGCGACUCCGGGGAUGGACGACGGCGGUGCGGCAGAGCUCGCGUUUGGUGGUUGGUUCGGGGCGGCCAUUGCAUCAGGGGAGGUGGUGAGGGCAUCGGUGGUCAUCAGAGAGGAGACGUCGGCUUCAGGUUGCCCUGCCGUCGCUCUGUGUCGUUGUCGCCCUCGCCGCCGCCUGCCUGGCCAGUCUACUGCGUCGCACAGGACACCAUGUUCUGGCCGCUCUUCGUCCUAA